AUGAUCUAUGAUCAAGCCUUAUUGCUCAGGUGCGAUGAGCGUAGCACAGCAUUGCCUGAUUCUGCCAAGGGAAAUGGUAGAGGCAUAUCCGACAACAUCCUCGACAACAUAUUCGACACGCCGUUGCCGCCAUCGAACCCGGCUCUAAAUCUUGCGCUCGCUGGUCACCAGCUGAAGGAUGAGAUCAUGGAACGAGCUAAGGCCAUGAGCGUACCAUUCACUGGCGAAUUCAAAAAGCUUGCUGGCGUAUUCACCAGUGAGUUUACAUGGACGCAUCCAAUGCCUCUUGCAUUGCCGAAGCAGGAACAGUCACCAACCCAAUGCGUGGACAUUAACUUCCUGGUUCGACAUGUGACCGACGGUGCGAUAAUCUUGGAACCCAUAUGCAAGCUCCUUGUUAAUAUAAUUAGCAACGGUAGCGCUCGCAAGAUCUGCUGGAAUGAUAUACUCGAUCGCAAGCUUGAUAGGAUCGCUCUACCUGUCUACGCCAUCCGAGAAGCACGCAUCAACAUCACCACUAAUCUAUCUCCGCACGACAUCGCGCCUGGGCAAGGCUCUGAGACUGCCGCAAUCUCUCAGCAAGUUGCAGAUAGCCUCAUAUGGUGUGCCUUGAACGACUACUUCAAUGACUACUGCACCUUGUUCGAUAUUUACAGCUACGUGGUAUCGCACGUAGGAAGUUUGGUCGUCUCCAUAGAUGGCCAGAAUUAUCGGGAUAUCGAUCUCGCUGCUGAGCUAUUGGCUCCGAACUCAAGCGUAGGUCCAGGUCCAGCACAUUCGGGCUAUUCAGUGUUGAUCAAAGCGGUCCUUCAAGAGACUAGGCGACGGCAAGGUCUCGAUGGUCCCAGCAUUGAUGUUGCUCAAGGGCCGUUCACAGUUCCUAGGCCGAAUUACGUUGAUUUUGGGUCUCGGACAUACAGUACGCAAGCAAAGUUCAUCCGGCGGGCCCGUGAGCUCGGCUUUGUCGUACACUACGAGUGA